AUGAGUUGCUUAAGUUGGAAUUGCCGCGGGCUUGGGAACCUGCGGGCCUCACAAUUCUUACGAGAUCUUGUGUCUCAAAAGAAGCCCAAUUUACUUUUUCUUUGUGAAACUUUAUGUAAUAAGUCUAGUUUGGAAAGUUUAAGAGCCCACCUGGGGUUUGAAGGUUGUUUUGUGGUGGAAGCCCGUGGUCACAGUGGUGGGCUUGCUCUUCUUUGGAAAGAAGCUAGUGAAGUUGUCAUUCAAGGUUUCUCUUUUAAUCAUAUAGAUGCCACGGUUCAUAUGGUGGGGCUGCCUCCUUGGCGUUUCACUGGCAUUUACGGGGAGCCAAAAAGAGAACUUCGGUCUCAAACUUGGGAUCUUUUUCGGUCACUCAAAAAUGAUAGCCUUCUCCCAUGGUGCCUUUUGGGCGAUAUGAAUAACUUGGGGUCGCACUUAGAGAAGAAAGGAGGAAGGAAGUAUCCCGAUCGACUCAUUGAGGGUUUUCUUAAAGCCUUAGACGAUUGUAAUUUGAUCGACAUGCCUCUCCUUGGCUACCCGUUCACUUGGGAGAAAGGGAGAAAUAGUACCGAGUGGAUUGAAGAAAGACUUGACAAAGCUCUCGUCACCAAUUCUUGGCUAUCAACGUUUCCACAAUCAUCAUUGCUCAACUUGGAGUUCUCAACAAGCGAUCAUUGCCCUUUGUUGUUAAUCUUUAAAGGUAACACUCCUCUUGUUUCUUUUCCAACUUUUCGUUUUGAGAAUGCUUGGCUCCGGGAACCUUUGUGUGAGAAGAUUGUUGAAGGUUGUUGGAAGAGUUCGGGUUCAGCCACCAUUCAAGAGAAAAUUCAUCAAUGUGGGGAAGUAUUGGGGAGAUGGGGACGGGACAUAACUGGGAAUUUUCGAAAGCGCAUCAACGAAUAUAGCAAUGGAGAUUGGGUUACAUGGGAGACGGGUUUGGCAAAUGUUAUCACUAGCUAUUUCCAUGAUUUAUUCUCAUCAUCUAGUGUUAACUUGGGAUCGGUUUUGGAUGGUAUUCGGCCAACUGUUAGCCGUGAGCAAAAUGAAGACCUCUUGAGAACAAUUCCUGAGGAAGAAGUUAGAAACGCCCUCUUUCAGAUGCAUCCUGAUAAGUCACCUGGGCCCGAUGGUAUGACACCAGCUUUUUUCCAAAAGCAUUGGGGAAUAGUUGGGACAGAUGUGGUCAAGUUUGUUCGGGAUUUCUUUGAUUCGGGUCAGUUUCCGGAUUCCAUAAAUGAUACUCAUAUUGUUCUUAUACCAAAGAAGAAAAAUCCCUCCCAAAUGGGCGACCUUCGGCCAAUCUCGCUUUGUAAUGUCAUUUAUAAAGUCGCCUCCAAGGUAGUGGCCAAUAGAAUGAAGAAUGUCCUCAACUUUGCUAUCUCAGAAACUCAGAGUGCGUUUAUAGCGGGAAGACUAAUUUCAGACAACAUUAUGGUGGCUUUCGAAGUCAUGCAUUAUUUGAAAAGGAAGACUACUGGAAAAAAGGGAUACAUGGCACUUAAACUUGAUAUGAGUAAGGCUUAUGAUCGUGUUGAGUGGGGUUUCUUGGAAGCUAUUCUUCGGGUAAUGGGGUUCAAUAAUCGAUGGAUUGGUUUGGUUCUAAGCUGUGUCAACUCGGUUCAAUACCAUGUUAUAAAUAGUGGUCAGAGACUGGGGCCGAUUACUCCAACCAGAGGAAUCCGCCAAGGGUGUCCUUUGUCUCCAUACUUGUUCAUUGUUUGUGCGGAAGGAUUCUCAUCGCUGAUAAGGUCUUUUGAGUCGUCUCGAUGGCUCACCGAUUGUAAAGUGGCUAGAAGCGCUCCCACCAUUUCCCAUCUCCUGUUUGCAGAUGAUAGCUAUAUUUAUUGUCAGGCCACUGAUGAAGAAGCAAGUCGUGUUCUUUCCCUCCUUCGGUUAUUUGAAGAUGCCUCGGGUCAGAAAGUUAAUCUCCAUAAAUCUUCAGCCUUCUUUAGUUCCAACACGAGUUCGGUUACAAGAAGUCGGAUUUGCAACUCGAUGCGUAUCCAAGAAGCUGGGGUGGAUAGUAUGUAUUUGGGUCUUCCUAGUAUUGUGGGCCGCAACAAAAAUGCUGUCUUGGGUUUCUUAAAAGAGAAGAUGAGGAAAAGGAUCAAUAGUUGGGAAGGAAAAUUCCUCUCUCGGGCUGGGAAAGAGAUUCUCAUUAAAUCAGUGGUUCAAUCUCUUCCCUCAUAUGCUAUGAAUGUCUUCUUACUCCCGGUUGGAACUUGCAAGGAACUCGAAAAGAUGAUGGCUAGUUUCUGGUGGAAGUCUAAUAACUCUUCGGGUAGUGGAAGUGGUAUUAUUUGGAUGAAUUGGGAUAGAUUGACUAAACACAAAUUCGAAGGUGGCAUGGGAUUCCGAUGCUUGCGGGAUUUUAAUCUUGCAAUGCUUGGCAAGCAGGAGCUCGGGUCAAAUCCAAGCUUUGUUUGGAGUAGUAUCUUUGCUGCCCGGGAUGUUGUAAAAGCGGGGCUGAGGAAAAGGAUUGGUGCGGGAUUGUCUGUGCAAAUUACAUCAGAUCCAUGGCUACCUAUUGUUGAUCGAGCCUCUCCAAUUCCUGUUGUGCCAGGCCUUGAACACUUCACAGUAAAUAGUCUCUUCCAAAUAAACAAUAGAAGUUGGGAUGUUGAUGUGGUAAGGGAUUUAUUCUCUCCUGAAGAUGCUUCUAUAAUCCUUGGAAUUCCCUUAAGUUCGGUUGAUGCAGACACUUGGUAUUGGGUCGCUGAGAAGAAUGGUUUUUAUUCAGUUCGUAGCGCUUACCAUUUGCUCCAAACUCUAAAGCACCCGCCGGGCUUGUCGGAACCAAAUAUUAGUUGGAAGAUUCUAUGGUCUCUUAAGGCACCUCCGAAAGCUAAGGACCUUGUUUGGAGAGCGGCCUCUAAUUGCCUCGCCACCAAAGUCAACCUUUGCAUCAAGAAGGUUUUGAUCGAAAAUACCUGCCCCAUGUGCGGAGUCUUUGCUGAAACCGAAUUGCACGUUCUGGUUACAUGUACCUUCGCUUGGGCGUGUUGGGAAUUUGCUGGUCUGGCGGCUGCAAACCGAGAAGCCUUUUCUCUCGGUCAAUGGCUAACUGAUUCUUUUAGCCGAUUGCAAGGGGAGCUCCAUAGCAGAGUUGCCAUGAUGUGUUGGGCAAUUUGGUGUGCUCGUAAUGAUCUCAUAUGGCAGCAGCGAUCUCGUAGUGUGAAGGACGUGGUUAAUUUUGCUAAUUCGAGUCUUGAUCAAUGGUUGAAAGCUCAAGGAAAGGGUAACAUUCCCUUGUUGUCUCCUCUCAAAGAUGGAGAUGGUGCGGAGCUUUGGUUGAAGCCGAGUGUAGGAAUCAAGCUCAAUGUCGAUGCAGCCAUUUUUGAAAGUUCUUCAAAGUACGGGUUCGGGUGUGUUGUCCGAGAUACUGAGGGCACCUUGACUGUUGCCUUUGCUGGUGUGAAAACUGGCAGCGUGUCCCCUGAGUUGGCCGAAGCUAUGGGCAUUCGGGAAGCAUUGAGUUGGCUGAAAAAUCACCCCUUUUCCCAAGCUAUCGUCGAGACCGAUAGCCUUGUGUGUGCUGAAUCCAUUCGUAGUGCAGAGGUGUUCGCCUCUUCCUUCGGUUCAGUGGUGGAUGAUUGUAAGAAAUUUCUUGAAAGUUUGAGUAAUGUGUCACUUUUGUUUGUUAAGCGUUCUGCGAAUUGUGCUGCGCAUUUUGUUGCCCGGCACUCUAUUUCUCUUGCUGAACGCAUGUUUUCUAUUAAUAGUGUUCCUACGGACUUGAUGUCUAUUCUUGAGAGCGAUUGCUCGAUUUAA